AUGGAACCUCGCGUGCCACAGGAUAAUUUUGAGGGCGGGCAUUUGGAUGAUACUGAACGAGACGCAAAUGAGUCAGCUACAGAUCGUCCUCCCUCAAGUUAUAGUGCCAGUUCCAACUUGAAUGGACAGUCCCAGGCCCGAAAUCAUAUGGCUCCUCCUCCCAUUACUACUAGAUUGUACCAUCCUGACAUCAACGGGAGAAUCUGCGAUGAACAAGGGAACUACAUACCCUUGGAUACUCCACCUCCAUGCUCAACAGAUCGUGGGCCCGAUGACUGGAUGCCCUACAAUAAUUGGGUUGAAUUUGAAGUUGCAGACUUCCUAUACCAUUGCAACCAAAUGUCUGGAGGUGACAUCGACUUUGUGUUUAAUCUGUGGGCUGCUUCAUUGGCAGCUCAUGGCGCCACCCCACCAUUCAAAAACCAUGUUGACAUGUAUAACACUAUCGAUUCAACUCCUCUCGGUGGUGUUCUGUGGCAAAGCUUCAGUUCACAGUAUAAUGGAGCACUUCCCAAUGGUGAUGUUCCGUCAUGGAUGACGUGCGAGUACGACGUGUGGUUCCGAGAUCCUCGACUCCUCGUACACAACAUUAUCUCUAACCCCGAUUUCAAGGACGAGUUCGACUAUGCACUGCUGCAGGAGUAUAGUACUAAUGAUGGAGCACAUCGAUUCCAAGAUUUCAUGUCAGGUGACUGGUGUUGGAAGCAGGCCGACUUGAUUGCGGAAGAUCCAGAUACAAUUGGGUCGAUGUUCAUGCCCAUUAUCCUCGGCAGUGACAAGACAACGGUGUCCGUUGCCACUGGACAUAACCAGUAUUGGCCGGUCUACAUGUCAAUUGGUAAUAUCUGCAACAACGUGCGGUGUGCACACCGUAAUGGUGUUGUGUUACUUGGCUUCUUAGCCAUCCCAAAAACUGAUCACGAGUCCACCAAGGACGCACAUUUCCCCAAGUUCUGCCGCCAGCUUCUACACUCUUCGCUUGCCAAGAUGCUUGAAACACUUCAGCCUGGAAUGACUAAGCCUGAGGUUGUCCGCUGUCCCGAUGGUCAUUUUAGACGAGCUGUGUAUGGGCUUGGUCCAUACAUAGCUGAUUAUCCAGAGCAAGCUCUGCUCGCAUGUAUUGUGCAGAAUUGGUGCCCAAAAUGUACCGCACCAGCAGAUAAUCUCAAUGAAGGCAUGUAUGGUCGACGUUCUCACGAGCACACUGAUGUGUUAGUUGAGGAGUUUGAGUUAGGCGUGCUGUGGGACGAAUACGGACUUGUUGGGGACAUUGUACCAUUCACCAACUAUUUCCCAUGGGCUGACAUACAUGAGCUCCUCUCCCCCGACAUCUUGCACCAGCUCAUCAAGGGAGCUUUUAAAGACCACAUCGUUACUUGGGUGCACGACUACAUCGAAGCUCAAUACUCGCGAAGUGAAGCAAACAAAAUAUUGGAUGACAUUGACCAUCGCAUUUCUCUUGCUCCGGCCUUUACAGCGCUCAUGAAGGUCUAUAUACCUGCCAUUGAAGGCCACGUACCUUCGGAGAUGGUGCAGGCUUUGCAAGUGUUGCUUGAUUUUAUUUAUAUUGCUCGGCGCAACAUUAUUGACACAAAUAGCCUUAAAGCAAUGGACAAUGCAGUCGAGCGUUUCCAUAAGUACUGGUUAGAUGCUCACAAUACCAAUGAUGUCGAGGACACCAAGUCCGUCGUCAAUCCCCAAUUUGAACAUAGACGCAGCAAUAUCAAUGCUGACUCGGAAGCUAACGCAGACGAAGAUGGUGAUGCUGUUGAUGGGCCGACAGUACUACUAGGUCAUGUUGACUUGGCAAAGACAGUUGUAAAACAGAUCUACUCAGACGACGUUGCAGACCAGAUCGGCCAACCAAACUUCACACUUCUUAUUCACCGUUUUUUGCGCAACCAGUGUCGUGGUUCUUACUUGGUAUCCAACUCAUCUUCCAGCGACUCUACACUUCCGGAGGUCUAUGAAAAGAUCACACUAUACAGUUCUGCCGUCGCCACCUUUUUUGCUCCAAGCGAUAUAUCAGGAAUCGGUGGCAUGCACUACAAACGUAUUCGUGCUGUAGACACCUGGGGGAAUGGUCCUGGACGACACGACUGCAUCUUCAUUAGUACCGAUCCAUCUGCUGAGGGCAUGCGCGGCUUCGACAUUGCACAAGUAAGACUUUUCUUUUCAUUCAAACACAAUGGUAUCUUGUACCCUUGUGCACUCGUGCAUUGGUUCAAGCGUGUGCGUAACUUACCAGAUGAGAUUACAGGCAUGUGGGUGGUAGAGCCCGAGGUUCUUGAAGAUGGAACCUGCUUGGCAUCUGUGGUCCACCUCAAUGCUAUACUUCGUGCAGCGCACCUUAUCCCAGUAUAUGGAAAUGACUUUGUCCCAACUUAUCUCUCUUACACUCAGACACUUGAUGCUUUCCGUACUUAUUAUGUCAACAAGUACAUUGACCAUCAGGCAUACGAGAUUGCAUUUUGA